AUGGUGAUCGUGUUUUUUUUUGUAGGCAGGUACUCUUGCGAGAGCUGCGGGAAAACGUACGCCUACAAACGGGGUCUCGUCCAGCACCUGAACCACUUCUGUGGCAAGCAGCCGCGUUUCAGUUGUCCCCAUUGUCCCCACAGAUCGAAAAUGAGUGCCGACAUGAAAAGACACAUUUGUUUUCCUCGACUGAAACCGAUCCUUUUUGUAGACCUGUUGCGGCGCACCUGUUCCUUGUGCCACAGGGUGUUCAAUAGCAGAUCCGCUCGGUACAUGCACUUGACGUACAAGUGUCAAAAGCAGCCGGCCUUUCGAUGCGACAUCUGCGGCAGGUUUAGGUGUCUGACGUGCGGCAGGUCGUACGGCACCGUCACCACCCUGAAGAGACACAUCAAGUACGAGUGCGGUAAGAAUCCCGAGUUCCAAUGUUACUUCUGCACCACGAAAAUGAAACACAGGUUCGACAUAUACAAGCACAUGCGGAAGGUCCACGGCUACAACAACAUGUAA